AUGCCCAACCCACGCGUAUUCUUCGACAUCUCCAUUGGCGGCAAGAAGGAAGGCCGAAUCGUGUUUGAGUUGUUCAAGGAUGUAACUCCCAAGACUGCCGAAAACUUCCGUGCCCUUUGCACUGGUGAAAAGGGUAAAGGAAAGUCUGGUGUUCCUCUCCACUUCAAGGGAUCCGGUUUCCACCGUAUCAUCAAGAAUUUCAUGUGUCAAGGUGGUGACUUCACAGCUGGCAAUGGUACUGGCGGAGAGUCCAUCUAUGGUGAAAAGUUCGAAGAUGAAAACUUUGACUUGAAGCACGAUAAGCCCUUCUUGUUGUCCAUGGCCAAUGCUGGCCCUGCAACCAACGGAUCCCAAUUCUUCAUCACUACUGUUCCUACUCCUCAUCUGGAUGGAAAGCAUGUUGUUUUCGGAAAGGUCUUGAAGGGAAAGGGCAUCGUACGCGAGAUGGAGAACUUGAAAUCCAAGAACGAUAAGCCCUUGGAGGAUGUAGUUAUCGAGGACUGUGGUGAGAUCCCCGAGGGUGCUGAUGAUGGUAUUCCUACUCCUGCUGACGGUGACAAGUAUGAAGAGUUUCCAGAUGAUUAUGAAGGUCCCAAGGAACCUAUUGAUUUGAUUGAGAUUGCUGGUGUUCUCAAGAACAUUGGUAACGAUUACUUUAAGAAGAGUGAAUACAAUCUUGCUAUGAAGAAGUAUCAAAAGGCUAUUCGUUAUCUUAACGAGAAGCCCGUUUUCGAUGAAGAGGAUCCCGAAGAGGUGCGUGUCAAGUAUGCCGCAAUCAAGGUUCCUUGUUAUCUCAACAAAGCCAUGUGUGCAAUCAAGUUGAACGAGAACCGUGAGGCUGUUGAUGCUGCCACUCAUGUCCUUGAAUAUGAGCAAAAAUACCUCAAGGCCAGUGAUAUUACCAAGGCUCUGUUCCGUCGUGCAACUGCCAAGAUUGCCCUGAAGGACGAGCAGGGUGCCAUUGGCGAUCUUGAAGAGGCAGCCAAAAAAGAUCCUAACGAUGCUGCUAUCAAGAGAGAACUUGCUAAUGCCAAACAGAGACUUGUCCAGAGAAAGCAGAAGGAGAAGGCUGCCUUCUCCAAGAUGUUUGGUUAAGAUUAUUUAUUACACAAAUACAUUAAUGAAGAAAUGUAAUCUUGACCUCAAAUUGGUUUUUUUUAUUGAAUACAUUUAAUCCCCCAUUUCUUUUUCCUUUAUAAAAAAACAUUUAAAAUAAU